AAGCUACAGAUUAUCAUCAAUCAUUCUUUGCAUUUUCUUUAUUCAUUUAGCUGUUAUACAGUGGCUUCAGAUAGAAUUCAAACCCUUCCACUUUUUUCUUACUUUGUGUUGUAGAUUUCAUUUUAAAUAGAAAAAAAAUGCCAUUUUUGCCCAUGAAUCUGCACUCAGUAACCCAUGGUGACAAAGUCAAAACAUGUUUUUAGAAAUUAAUAAUGAAAAGUAUUCAUUUACAAAAGUAUUCAGACCCUUUGCUGUGGCACUCCAAACUGUGCUCAGCUGCAUCAUGUUUGCUUUAAUUAGAGUCCACCUGUGGCAAAUUCAGCUGGUUGGACGUAGCUUAGAAAAGCACAGACCUGUGUAUAUAAGAUUCUGUCAUAAUGGGUCAUUGAAUGAAGAUUGAAAAACAAAAGCAUCCACUUUUUAUCCAUUAUCCAGUCUGUAUACUUACUGAGACCACAGUAUGUUAUAAAAAGAUCCUCUCACAGUGAUGAUCUCAAUGCAGAUUUCCCUACAUUACAAAACCAUGAUUUAAAGCAGCUGUAAUCAAUAUUUUCAUAUUCAGAAUGGGUCACAUUGCAGUGAUGGAUCCACAGAAUAAUCACCCAACUCUGCUGUUCCCCUCAGCUGUUUGGGGAUUUUACAGCAUCCUUCAGCACAGCAGCACAACCUUACUGCUGUUGUUCACUCCCACUGCUCUCAUAGCAACCUUUUUGAAUGCAGCUAUUGUCACCAAAAAAAAAAAAAAAACUCCCUGCCCAGCACCAAACAGCAGACACAAUUAGCAACAAGAGAUGAAGAAAGGAAAGAGCCACAUAUUUCCCUCAGAAUUUUGGACAUAUAUUCACCAGAUGGCCUGAAGCAUGACUCCACACGAAUAAUAAUGUUGCUCUGUAACUUCUGGGUUGUAAACAGGCAACUGUUUGCACCGUAUCAGCCUGUAUCCACUUAUCUGAUAACAGUCAUAUGAUAUCCAGGCAAAACAAAUGAACCGUUUCCAAUAUUCCUCCUAAUCUCUUUACUGGCCCAGCAACUUUUCAAUCUAUAUCUUCUUAUUAUUAACAGACAAUAGCGAUCCCUGCAACAUUGAUUACGAGACUUCAUCACUGUAAAGGUUCUGCUGACCAUGGAUUCUCUGCUCUCUGGUGACUCAAAAAUGUUUAAUUCCUCUCUGAUCCACUGAAUGUUAUGAAUUGAGCAGCAUAGCAGAGACCCGGUUUCAGUGAAGCUCAGUGAGGAAAAACCUUUUUCUUUUUUCCAGCACCAGCUGUUAAUUCCCACGCCACUCUGUGACUCUGUAAAUGAUUCAUACUGAUACGAGUGGUCUAUUUUGGAAUCAGCAGGGAAACUAUAAGAGCUUCUGAGGCCGAACCCUUUGUACUUGUUGGUUGGCAUUUCUGAGUGAAACACUGACUCGCUGCUGUCAAUAUGGCAAGUCUGCUCACCGCUGUGGCCAUGCUGGCGGUGUUGUCAGCUGGGUUAUGUGAGGAGAAAGCCUUUCUGCAGAGAGCUGGUGUGGCCUUUAACGGCAGACAGUACAGAUCUCUGCUUACUGUGAACAAUGGAGAGAGGUUUGGAAACUGGACCUGGCCAGAGAUGUGUCCUGACAAGUUCUUUGCCGUUGGCUUCAGCAUCAGGGUGGAGCGUAAUCAGUAUGGGGCGGAUGACACUGCCCUGAAUGGGAUCCGCCUCAUCUGUGCCAAAGACGGGAACCGAAGCUUCCUGUACUCUGUUGAGUCCCACACUGGCUACUUCGGUGACUGGUCCCAGCCUCAGUACUGCCCCAGUGGUGUGCUCACCUCUUUCCAGAUUCGCGUGGAGCCCCAUCAAGGUCUGUUUGGCGACGACACGGCUGUCAACAACAUCAAGUUCCGCUGCAGCAGUAACCCGACGCUGGAGGGGCCCGGCAUGGACUGGGGAGAGUAUGGCCACUGGAGCCAGGAGUGUCGCGAUGGAGGAAUCUGUGGCAUCGAGACCAAGAUGGAGGAAUAUCAGUAUGGCCUGGAUGAUUCCAGCCUCAAUGAUGUGCGCUUCCAUUGCUGUGCCAAGGCUCAGCAGUUACAGGUAAUCUUGCCCAGCUCAAUGAGACCUGGAGAAAUGUAGGGAUACAAGCUGCUGUGAAAGAGGCUGAAUUGAUUUCCAGAUGAGAAGCUUGAUCCAGUGCAACAUCCUCAACGCAACC